AUGGAUAUAUUCCCGGAAAACGGCCACGGGGCAUGUAAACCUCAAUUCCCAGCAAGAAAGGAUCAUCCGUUCAAACCAGUUGGGAUCGAAGAGCCAUCGCUCGCACGACCCAUCCCGACGAACAAGUUCUAUGGCAACUUUCUUGUUGGAAGUCGACUAGAGCCUACUUGGCUGCACCCAUACUCUGUCUGGUGGUCCAAAUCGAGCCCUGGGUUUGGACUUAGUGUCGCUCAUACAGAGCCUGGCCAACGAGUGUUUGGACCCGAUCCAUCGCAGAAUCCCGCUCAAUAUUACUACAAUCCCGUCCGGAUACAAUCCAUAUGCUUCUCGGCCAAGGAAAUGGAGGAGAAUACCACGGAUAUGAGCAUCGACGAUCCUCAGCACAUGUCCGCAACCCUGUAUUUCAAGUCCAAAGCAAACCCGCGACGUCAAUAUAUUCGGUUUCCCUUGGUACAAGGAUCUGCCUUUGUGACGGCGGAAUACCAUGGAAUAUCCCCCAUAUUUGCAUCCGGAGUGCGUUUUCGGUCGUUUCAACAAAACGCCGUAUCCAACCGCAGGUCAAGGUCUACAAUAGUGCUCGAGGACGGUCAUACCUGGCUCCUAUAUACAUUCUCCGAGUCCCGAGAUGACCAACCGUUGUGUCUCCGAUUUGCAUCAAACGAGCGCAUAGAAGGGGAUAGGGUGUUUUGGGGAAUCAUACAGCUAAUCAAGAUUCCUCGCCACUGUGAGCAAGCCAGCUUUCAACGACUGACAGACGCCUGUGCUGGACGAUGGGCUACGGCAGCCACGCUAAAUGCUCAGUCUCUGAGUGACUCUGUGGCACGAUACACCAUCCGCUUCCAUACUCACCCCAACUCUUAUUCCUCACAGCUGCUCAUGUACGCGCUGCCGCAUCAUGUCCAAUCCUUUGCGCACGACUCACGCGUGAACAAGUAUUCAAACUUUCAAAUGCAAUCUACGACCAAAGGCUCGAUGACUGCCAUCGUUGGUGAUGAGUGGUGCUUCGAGGAGUCGAACCUACCUUGCUACAUUGGGUUUGACCCAGUGGCGGAUCACGGGCUGAGUGGAGAGGCAAGAAAUCUCUUGAGGAGAGUUGUCCUGCAGGAGGCGGGAGGUGACCCCCAAGCGGAAUCGAAUCUAAACAGCAUGUACUUUUCUGGAAAGGCCCUAGACAAGUUUGCGUGUCUAUGUUGGGUGAUUGCCGCUGUCCUUGGGGAUCAAGAACUAGCGCAGAGUACCCUUCUCAAGCUCAAACGCGCAUUCGCUCGCUUUGAGCAGAAUGCCCAGCAAUUCCCGCUCGUAUAUGAUGAACUGUGGGGAGGUGUGGUAGCUCGCGGCUUGUACGAUAAUGGUGAUUGGAUGCAGGACUUUGGCAACGGCUGCUAUAACGACCACCACUUUCACUAUGGAUAUUUCAUCCAUACUGCAGCCAUUAUUGCAAAGCUAGAUCUACUCCUCGGUAACGGAGGUGGUUGGUAUAACGAGAAUCGAGGUUAUGUCGACACCCUCAUUCGAGACAUUGCCUGCGCCAACGAGCAAGACCAAUUCUUCUCCCUCUCGCGCAGUUUUGACUGGUUCCACGGACACAGCUGGGCCAAAGGCAUAUUCGAAUCGCAAGACUCGAAAGACGAAGAGUCGACAUCCGAAGAUGCGUAUUGCUCCUACGCGCUUAAACUGUGGGGACAAGUCUCGGGGAACAAGCGUCUGGAGCACCGAGCGAACUUGAUGCUCGCCAUUCAGCGUCGCGUAUUCUGCAACUAUUUCCUUUUAGAAGACGAUAACCCGAACCAACCCGCGCAAAUCAUCGGGAACAAGGUCGCUGGAAUCCUCUUUGAGAACAAGGUAGAUCACACGACCUACUUUGGACACGAACUCCGAUACAUCCAAGGUAUCCAUAUGAUCCCCGUCUCACCCAUCUCCCGAUACAUCCGCUCCCAAAAGUUUAUACGCGAAGAAUGGGAGCGCUUCUUUGCAAAUGACGACAACACUGGAAACGAUGGGUGGAAAGGUAUCCUCUACUCGAAUCUAUCCAUCAUCGACCCUGGGCGUGCCAAAGACUUCUUUGCGUCAGAAGCCUUUAACCCCGCGUGGAUCGACGGAGGCACGACAAGAGCAUGGAGUCUCGCCAUGUGUCUCUAG